CAAAACAACGAUUAUUAAAGGAGAAGGGUAAAGAAAAAAAUGAAGAAGGGAAGAAAGAAAGAGAAAUAAAAAAAAGAAGAAGAAGAAGAAGAAGAAGUGAUUGCCCUAAGUUCCAGAUCAAUUAUCCCUAUCAGAAUUAGCUGCACAAAAAUGGCAGAUAGUGGCGUAAACUCAGCCGAUUGCGAGAGAAUUUUCAAACGAUUCGAUGCCAAUGGCGACGGCAAGAUCUCGGCAACAGAGCUGGGCGAUGCUUUGAACGGGUUCGGAGUUAGUUCCGAGGAUGCCAAGAGGAUGAUGGACGCCAUUGACAAAGAUGGCGAUGGCUAUAUUUCCUUCCAAGAAUUCUCCGAUUUCGCUAAGGAUAAUCGCGCUUUGAUGAAGGAUUUCGCCAAGGCGUUUUAGAUUUUGUUGUUUUUGUUUUUGUUUUUUUUUUUUUUUUGUUUUGUUUUGUUUUAAUGGAAGAUCUGAUUAUAUGAAUAUUGUUACAAUGAAGAAGAAGAUGCUUCUUCUUCCUUUUAUUUUUGUUUUGUACCACACACACAUAAACAUAACAUAUACUAUGCUUCUCUUCACGAUGAACGUCAUAAAUGUUAUAUUUUUUGAUUAA